AUGUCUUACUCUCAGUUGCCAUCUGCCCCUCCCGCCUACGGCCAACCCGAGGUGCCCAGAACUUCUGGUGACCAUCUCCCUGAUGACUUCAAGUACUCGGUGACGGUUGCGUCCUGCGAAUUGCCUAUCAGACAACUCUUCCUUAGAAAGGUGUAUGCUUUGCUCACAAUGCAAGUCAUGGCCACGUUGGUGGUCGGCUACAUCAUGAAACUGAGCACAGGCGUCCAGAAUUGGUGCUUCAACAACAUGUGGUUGUUUUUCAUUGCCAUGGUGGGUGUUUUCGGCUUCAUGAUUGCAACAUACUUCAAGGCUCGCUCUUACCCCAUCAAUUUGGUCUUGUUGAGUGGUUUCACCCUUUGUGAAGCCUACACCAUUGGCCUCGCAUGUGCCAUGGUAGAAAGUAACAUCUUGGUGGAGGCCGUGUUGAUCACGCUCUUGGUUUUCAUUGGUCUCACUGCGUUUGCCUUUCAGACGAAGUAUGACUUUACAAGCUGGCAAGGUGUUCUCAGUGUCGGUCUCUGGGCGCUUAUUUGCUGGGGUUUCGUAUUUAUGUUCAUCCCAAACCACUCCAGUGGGAUGGAAAAACUCUACUCAGGUAUUGGUGCGGUUAUUUUCAGUGGCUACAUCUUGGUAGACACUCAGAUGAUCAUGAAGACGUCAUUCCUUGAUGACGAGAUUCCAGCAACCAUAACUUUGUACUUGGACAUCUUGAAUCUUUUCUUGUUCAUUCUCCGUUUCUUGCAGGCCACUAACGAUGAUUAA